AUGUCAGCUAACAUCAGCAAUGUCACCACAUGUAUUAGCUGUCUCUAUUGGAUUGAUGCUAACCUCAGUGGCGAUGACGCAAGCAACCUCAGCGUCUUCUCCGACACAUCGUUGAACGAGACGUACUCACCGGCGUCUGGCAAAUCCGAACCAUCGUACGUGGCGGCUACGAGAGUUUGUAUUGGCCUGGUCAUUAUAUCCUUAAAUGGAAUCGUACUGUUACUGCUGAUCGCACGAGCGCAGUCAAUACCAGAGAUCAAGUACAUCCUCAUCAAGAGUCUCAUCGGCUCGGACAUGCUGGUUGGCGUUACGAUGCUCUACUAUGGAGCAGUCAACCUCAACCAGCGGGUCGGUGAUAAAAUAAGCCAGCACUGCCUUAACUAUGUGGCGUUAAUCUGCUUCGCAUGCAUGAGUUCGACAGGUAACAUGCUGGGAAUCGCCAUUGAUAUGUACAUCAUGAUCAUUCAUCCGCUGCGUUACUAUGAUCUGAUGUCGGAGAGGCGAGCACGCGUGAUGGCAGUCAUCGCGUGGAUGGUCGCAGGCUUCUCAAUCGUCAUGAUCAUUCUGUUCGGACGGGAAGCUGACCCGCUAAAGCAGCCAUUCCCAAUGUGCUCGCUAGCGGCCACCUUCACGUUCAUGGGCCUCUUCUCUGGUAGCAUGGUGAUGAUCUACGUGCCCCUCUGCCUGAUGAUCUACCUAUACGGCUCCCUGUUCAUCGUUGCUCGCCGGCACAUGAAAGAGAUCAGCGCGCUUCAGGCGAUCGGUGCGCAACUAGCAGAAGCUGAUCUUACUAUUGCUAGCGGCCUCAAAAAAAACGUAAAAGUAGCAAUUACCAUGUUCUUGGUGGUUGCGACAUUUUUCGUUGGCUGGCUUCCGUAUUUUACGAUUAUACUAGUGACAAAGGCGCACCCUGAGCUCUAUUAUCGAAACCAAAUCGGUCUGUUCGUGUUCGUCAUGUAUGGUAAGGCUGCUUCUGCUGUUGAAGAGUUCGUAAGGAUCGAGAAUCAUUGA